GCGGCCACCUCAAGCGUUUCACAUCCCGCGUCGCCGUCUUAGAUCAGUACCACGGCGCCGUGGCGUCCCGCCAUGGCCUCGUCGUCUUCCGCCGCCGACUCAGCAGGCGCCGUUCUUCCAACGACCUGUGCGUCUACGACGCCAUGACCGGCGCUCACACCUUCCUCUCCUACCCGCCCAACAUCCCGUGGAACAACGAGACCUCCGAGCUCUACCACAAGUACGUCCUGCUCACCGCCGCCGACGGCAUCGACCGCUCCUCCUCCUUCAUGCUGCUCGUCGCCGAGCUCAAACCCCGGACCGUCAGAGUACAGACCUUCGACGGGUCUUGCGGCGUCUGGGGACCCGUCGUCGCUUGCGAGAAGCACCUUGAGUUCCCCCGGAUGCUGGUGAAAAGUUACUGCGAGCCCGCCGUCCUCCACGGCGGUGUCAUCCACUGGCUGGCGACGCAUGACCAUGAUGGCAACACCAUACCCACCUAUGACAUCCGCUCAACCAAGCGAGGCACGACGAAGCUCCCGCCGGCCACCGCAAAGCACAAGAGAAGCCAUCUCCACCUGGGGACGUCGCCGGAAGGGAAGCUGCUCGCCAUCGACGGCUUCAUGAUAUCCGUGUGGCUGCAACUCUCUGAUGGCGGUUGGGGGCCAGAAGCCGUGAUCGAUGUGGAGGAGAAGCUACGGUCGCUAAAGCCUCUAGGCGGGGGGACGGGGGGAGGGCGGGGGGCGGGGGGGGGGGGGGGGGGGGGCGUGAUCGUGUUUGAUUGCUCCGGGGAUAGGAACGCCAACGCGGUGCUGCUGCGGUUGCGGCUUCCCCUGGAUGUGGGUGAAAAAUUACUGACAGCCCGCCGUCGUUCACGGCGGCGUACGUCAUCCACUGGCAGACUGGCUGGCAUCGGAUCAGGGCAACGUAGCACUCACCUACGACAUCCGCUCAACCAAUGCGAAGCUCCCGCCGGCCACCGCACACCACAGAGGAAGCAAGCUCCACCUGGGCACAUCGCCGGACGGGAAGCUACUGAAGCUACUCGCCAUCGAUGGCUUCAUCAUGUCCGUGUGGCUGCAACUCCCGGACGACAACGACCCAGCCAUGGCGGUGAUUGGGCGCUAGAAGCCGUGAUCGACAUGGAGGAGAAGCUGCGGUCGCUAGAAUCCGCCGUUGCAGCCGUUGAGUUUGAUGGCUCUGGUGAUAGGAGCGCCGACGUGGUGGUGUUGCGGGUGCUAGGGACACACGGUGGGCUUCGGUGGAUUGUCCUUGACUUGGAGACCAUGGAGAUGCAUAAGCAAGAGUGGGAGUGCUCCUCCUUGCUGCUGGAGAUCGAUUUACUAUCUCGUCUGCAAACCAUGAAAAUCUAUCCUUAAUUAGCUCGCCGUGUAAUUAUGUAGGGAAAGACAAAUGAAUUUGAUCAACAAAAUGAUAGUCCAAAUGUCUCUUUUGCCAAUUUUACAAGUCAUGUGUGGUUCCUUUUAUUUAUACUCCAUCCGAUCCGUAAUAAGUAUCUUGGAUUUAGUACAAAGUUAGUGAGGGAGUAUUAAACCGGGUAUGUAAAUGUUACAUAUAAUUGGGUACACGUAAAUGUCUCACAUACAAA